AUGUCUGGCCGUGGCUACGGUGAUCUGCCCAUUCGAGGCGGCCGUGGUGGUGGCGAUCGUGGCGGCUCCCGUGGCCGCGGCGAUGGUGGUUCGAGCAGCCGUGGCAGUGAUCGCGGUUACAGCGGUGAUCGGGGCCGUGGCAGUGACCGUGGCGGUGGACGUGGUGGACAUGGCGGACCUGAAGGACCCUCCGGAAUGUUGACAGACCCGGUUGAAGCUCCCAACGCCAGAGUCCAGGCCUUGGAGGACAAGUACGUUACAGAGUCAGCAAAGGCUCGCCCAGUAUCCAACUCUUUGGCUCGGCGUCCUGGCUACGGUACUCAAGGUCGUCCGGUUGUUCUUCGUGCCAACUUCUUCCCCAUGGAGUUCAAGCCGAACAUCAAGUUCCAUUCCUAUCGGCUCAAGAUCAAGCCCGAGGCGAAGAAAGGGCAGCAAAAGUUCAUUCUUGAGAGUAUGUUCCGCAAGUACCCUCUGUUCAACAAGGGAAUCGGCGUUGCCACUGAUGGGGCCACUGAGAUUGUUACAACCGAGCUACUCCCCGAGAAUCGAGAGCCAUUCCGUUGUUCCAUGGGCGACGGAAGCGGGCAUGGAAGUGGGACAUCCAAAGCCUACACCGGCCCUUGGGAGGCCACUUUGACCCUUGACAGCUCUUAUUCUCCAGCUGAUAUGCUUGCUUGCCUUGAGGACGUCAAUCACCGAGAGGAACUUCCGAAUGAAGCGCCCUGUCUCCGAGUACUGAACAUCCUCAUGAGUGCUUGUCCCUACAAAGAUGCCGGCAUCUCCAUAAUCGGCAAAGGACGAAACAAAUUCUUCCGGAUGGACAAGCGAAAGCAGUCAAUGGACAUCAAGGGUGGUCUUGAAGCCGUUCGUGGUUACUACUCAAGUGUUCGUGUUGGUGCUGGACGAAUCUUCCUGAAUUUGAAUGUCAGUCACGGUGCAUUCUUCCAUGAAGGUCUGCUUUCAGAUAUCCUUAUUGCCUUCCAACAAGUUCAUGGAAACAACCGGGAGCUUGUGCACCGGUACCUGAAGGGUCUGAAAGUCCACGCCCUGCAUCUGGAUUCUCGAGAAAACGGAUCUGGGGUGAAGGAAAAACCGGUCAGAACGAUCCUCGGAGUUGCCACUCCUAGGGAUGGAUGCAAUGGCCCCAAUCCGCCACAGGUUUUACAUGUCGCAUCUAGUGCGGAGAAUGUGAAGUUCUGGAUGGGAGAUGAGAAGAAGGGGAAAUACGUGACGGUUGCUGAUUACUUCGAGAAAACUUACAACAGGCCACUCAAGUAUCGCGGUAAUAUGCCGGUUGUCAACGUUGGAACCCGUGACCGUCCUGUUUACCUUCCUGCGGAGGUUUGCGAAGUCCUCCCCGGGCAACCCUGCAGGGCAGAGCCAAACGUCAUCCAACGACAGAACAUGAUCAAGUUCAGUUGCCGCCGUCCUCCUCAGAACUAUGACUCUAUUAUGACCGAGGGACUGAACAUCAUGGGAAUCUCUGAAGGAUAUACCAAGGCGGUAGGGAUCAAGCCCGGCAAGGAGAUGAUCACUGUACCUGCACGGAUUUUGAAUCCCCCAAACCUGCUUUAUGGAGGUAAGAAGACCACUAAUCCUCGAAAUGGCUCGUGGAAUUUGGUCGGCACGAAAUUUGCCCAGGGCGCCAACAUCGGCAAGUGGACCUGUCUUUGGAUUGGGAAGCGCGGUCUUGACGCGAAAAUGGAUCCUGUGCCCCAUAUCGACGCAUUUUACAAGAAAAUGCGUGACCAUGGCCUAUCGCUUCCGCCGCCCGAUAAACCGUUUCGCCAUGUUUGGCUCGGUCCGGAGGAUAGAGACAAUCGAAAUGUCAUCAAGGGCGCAUUCAAAGAGUUUAUGGAAAAGAAGUACCCCUUUUUGGUUGUUUUGCUUCCUACCACAGAAGGCAAAAUCUUUGAUUACGUCAAGUACGCCGGAGAUCUUAAGACUGGCAUCCUCACCCAUUGCAUCCUGUACGACAAGCUGAAGACUGCCAAUGAGCAGUAUUGGAGCAAUAACGCGAUGAAAGUCAAUCUCCGGAUGGGAGGAUGCAAUCAACUCCUGCAGCCGGCGAACGCACGCUUCAUUGGCGCAGGGAAGAGCACCAUGGUCGUUGGCUUGGAUGUCACUCAUCCGUCGAGUACAGACCCCGAAGUCUUCCCCAGCGUUGCUGCCAUCGUUGCCUCCACUGAUUAUCGCAUGGGACAAUGGCCCGGUGAGGUUCGAGCCCAAAUGCGCCGCCAAGAACACAUUCUAUUCCUCAAGGAGAUGAUGCUCACCCGACUGAGCUUGUGGCAGAAGAACAACAAUGGCAACUUGCCGCAAAACAUUCUCGUAUACCGUGACGGUGUUAGCGAGGGUCAGUUCGCCAUGGUCCUUACAGAAGAACUUCCAAAGAUCCAAGCUGCUGCCAAGGCGGUAUACCGUGGAGCCAUGCCCAACAUCACCAUUGUCGUCUGUGGGAAACGCCACAACGUGCGCUUCUACCCUACCAACACGAGGGACCAAGAUAGAACAUCCAACCCAAUCAACGGAUGUGUUGUUGACCGUGGAGUAACCCGCCCUAUCUACUGGGACUUCUAUCUGCAAGCCCAGGCUCCCCUUCAGGGCUCCGCUCGUCCGGCUCACUACAUUGUCAUCCACGAUGAGAUUUUCACCAACUCGAAGGCCAACCCGGACCGCAAGCCCACUGACGUGCUGCAAGAACUUACCCACAACAUCUGCUACAUGAUGGGCCGGGCUACUCGCUCGAUCAGUUACAGCACUCCUGCCUUCCUAGCUGAUAAGUUCUGUGAUCGUGGCCGGAAGUAUCUGUUGGCCUACUACUAUGAGAAUAAUAUGCAGGUCCAAAGCGAGGACAAGUUCGGAGGUAGUACCUUGGCCAUGGCGAGCGCAUGCCAGAACAACAUGGUCUAUAUCUAA